AUGGGUCCCGCUUUGCCCUGUCGAGAGGAGCACCUCCUGCAGGAGGAUCAGAGAGGAGCACCUCCUGCAGGAGGAUCAGAGAGGAGCACCUCCUGCAGGAGGAUCAGUGAGGAGAACCUCCUGCAGGAGGAUCAGAGAGGAGCACCUCCUGCAGGAGGAUCAGUGAGGAGAACCUCCUGCAGGAGGAUCAGAGAGGAGAACCUCCUGCAGGAGGAUCAGAGAGGAGAACUUCCUGCAGGAGGAUCAGAGAGGAGCACCUCCUGCAGGAGGAUCAGAGGAUCAGAGAGGAGCACCUCCUGCAGGAGGAUCAGUGAGGAGAACCUCCUGCAGGAGGAUCAGAGAGGAGAACCUCCUGCAGGAGGAUCAGUGAGGAGAACCUCCUGCAGGAGGAUCAGAGAGGAGAACCUCCUGCAGGAGGAUCAGAGAGGAGAACCUCCUGCAGGAGGAUCAGAGAGGAGCACCUCCUGCAGGAGGAUCAGAGAGGAGCACCUCCUGCAGGAGGAUCAGAGAGGAGAACCUCCUGCAGGAGGAUCAGAGAGGAGAACUUCCUGCAGGAGGAUCAGAGAGGAGCACCUCCUGCAGGAGGAUCAGUGA